UGCUGUUGCUGCCCGGUGAUAUCCGUGCAUAGUGUAGUGAGGCCUGCUGUACAGCUCCACUCUCCGGUAACCUGCGUCGCUUCUCCCUGUGUUCGGUACCUCAGAGCCUGGGCCAUGGAGAUCGGGACCGAGAUCAGCCGGAAGAUCCGGAUGGCCAUUAAGGGGAAGCUGCAGGAGCUCGGCGCUUAUGUCGAUGAGGAGCUCCCCGAUUACAUCAUGGUGAUGGUGGCCAACAAGAAGAGUCAGGAGCAGAUGACGGACGACCUGUCGCUCUUCCUGGGGAACAACACGGCCCGAUUCACCACCUGGUUGCAAGGCGUGCUGGAUAAGCUGCGCUCUGUCACUCCAGAAACCAAUAACCUGAAAGCCUCAGAAGCCAUCAUCUUCAAUAGCAGCAUGCCUCCCCUGAAAAGCCUGCCUCAAAGCAGAGAGGAUCCUGGGAGAGGAGCUCCACCGUCGCGCCUGGAGAGCCUGCACAGCGCGACCUCUAGUGACUCGCGAGCACAGCGUCCUGCGGAUAUCAGGGUCUCCUGUGAUGUUGUCACCGCCGCCCGUCUUACCUCUGCAGUAAAGCCCAUGUACGAGUUCUCCCCCUCCGAAGCAGUUAUUGACAUCAAACUGGACUCCGACGACCAAUUCAAUGAUGACUUCGGCUAUGGACCUGAAAAUUCGCAGCUCUCUAGAAAGAGGUCUGUUGCAGCCCCCAGUAACAGAGUCCAGCGGCCCACAGCCCCACUGUACAGACCCCCUGGAAGCAGCCAGAGUGUCUACCAGGUGACAGAGGGCAGCAGUGCACAUAGACUCUUGCAGAGCAGCAGGCAGCCCGCAAGACCAAAGGCUUCCCAGGUCAACCGGGCGCUCGGUGCCGCAAAGCUGUACGAGCCGCAGGAUGUCAGCCCCACUGAGGAGACCUACAUAUCUGCCAUGGCCGCAGAGAGAGCAGCACGAGAGGGCGACAGUUCCCGCAAGAGGAAGACCCCAGUGGCCAGCUCUGUGGUGAAAGUGAGGAGGUUGGCUGACGAUGAAGAGGAAGAAGAAGAAGAGGAGGAGGAGGAGGAGGACCACAUGGCCCCAGCAGCAGGCCUUUCCAGUAGCGUCUCUGUGCCCUCCCGACCAGAGAGGAGACCUACCCUGCCCCCUUCUAAACAAGCCAACAAGAACCUCAUUUUGAAAGCCAUAUCCGAAGCCCAAGAAUCCAUCACAAAGACUACAAAUUACUCCACAGCUCCCCCAAAGCAGACGGUGCCAGUAGCACCACGAACCCGUCUCGUCCCUGAGGAGGAGCUGAUCCUCCAGAAGAGCCGAGCUUCCAUACUGCACUACCAGGAGGAGCCUGAGGGCCCAGCUGCGAUGGACACCAUGCCAGCAGAGCAACGCAGAAUGGACAUCCUGUCAAGACUUCAACCUGAUCCCUCCAGUGAAGUGCAGCUCUGGAGACAAGAGGAGGAGAUGGGGAACCUCAGACCCACCGACAGUCGCUCCUUCAUCCUCAAGAGACCAAAAGUCACUAAAGAUUCUGCUGUCCAGGGAGCUCCCCCAGCACCAGAGGGUCAGCCGCAGCCCGGACGACUAAUCCAGCCCCGGGAAAGUGUGGUGCCUGAAAAGCCUCCAAGUCCAAAAUUUAUAGUCACCUUAGAAGGGGUUCCCAGCCCCCCGGGAUACAUCUCUGACCACGAACAGGAGGAAGACCAAAUGUGUUACACAGAACAGGGAGAGUCUUAUCCAGAGCCAUAUAAUGCCCUGAGCAGGACGGAGCCGAGCUUCCCCGUGCUACAGGACCCGCCCAGCAUGAACGGUACAGCGUACAUUGCAGAGUCCAUUGACGUUCCAACCAAAGCAAAGAUCCCAGAGCGCUGCAAGUACUGGCCGGCGUGUAAGAAUGCAGAGCGCUGUACCUAUCACCACCCCACUACUUCCUGCAAAGCUUUUCCUAAGUGCCGUUUUGCAGAGAAAUGCUUUUUCAUACAUCCAAACUGUAAAUUUGAUGCAAAGUGCGCCAAGGCCGACUGCCCAUAUACCCAUGCCAGCAGACGGAUGCCAGCCCCUCUGGUAAAGCCAGUAGCACAUAUUCCGCCUGUGGUGCAGCAGUGCCGCUACUUCCCGGCCUGUAAGAAGACAGAGUGUCCGUUCUAUCACCCCAAGCACUGCAGGUUCAGCAGUAACUGCACUCGGCAGGACUGUGAGUUUUAUCACCCCACCACCUCUGUUCCUCCCCGACACGCUCUAACAUGGACGCGGACCCAAGCCAGUGACUGAUGCAGCAGCUUGGACUCCGCAACCUCAGCCUUAAUUUUACGAGCCUAGAAGCCGCAAGAUCAUCUCGGGCAUCGCACCAGCAAAUGCCACUUUGGGUUUUAUGGAUUUUAGACUUUAUUUCACGUUAAAUGUUUUAUAUUCUUGCGGUUUUCAGUACUUCUAAUUUUCCAGACUUUAUUAUCUAUAAACUUUUUGUGCCGAUUUCAGACCUCAAACUUUAUUAUAAAAAGUGAAAACCGUUCUAAAUACACCUAAAGAUUAUCACACGUCCACUGAA